CGCUAAAACCACCUACCCAUCGAGAGCGCUGGUUUCGCACCGUGAUGCGAUUCUUGACGACUGCGUUUCAGCCACACAGCCUUAUCACUUGUGAUCGUUCAAUUUUUUCGUCUCCCUUCCUCUUUCAGCUCUGACGAAGAGACUGUGUGAACCGUUAUAUCGCUUUCAGAUCUCCAUCGCAAGCUCCUUCUUUCAAUCCGUCAGUGCGUCCCAAAUUCGUGUUUGCAUUGCGCAUUGCAUUUGCGUUUCAUGGCAAAAGACCCAAGCCUUGCGUACCUCAGACAAGAAAGCGAUAGACUAUUCACGAUCGGUUCGCAAUUCUCCAUUUCAAACGACAGUGGAUCCCAUUCCGUCCCACGAAUGUCCCCAAGUGACACGACAGCAAAUUUUCGUAUCCUAAAUGGAGAAGUGAUGGGGAAUUCCAAGAAACGGAGCAUGGAAUAUUUGAUGGGGGAACCUGCACCCUCCGUCUAUGCAGCGAACAGAGACACUCAUUAUACUUCUUUUCAACCUACCACAACUGGCAUGGGACGAAAAAGACCAAAAAUUAGAAGCGAUUCUGAUGAACAAAUACCCGACAUGAGUGGCGUUCUGAGCGAUGCAUCUGACAUUACCACGUAUUUCCAGUGUCCAUACUACUGCAAAGACCCCGAAAAGUACAACCUCCAAGUGAGAAAGUAUAGAAGUUGUGGGUCCAAAGGGUUGACAAAUAUUGCCAGACUCAAGGAACACUUGUAUAGAGUGCACCGCGUAUUGCAGUGUUCUCGAUGCGUGACUAAAUUUCAAAAGUAUGAGGAGCUUAAUUUGCACACCUGUCCAGGAAAUAUGCACCAGCUUUUCUCCAGCUCAGAGCUGAACAUCGACGGUAUCACAGAAGAGGUCAUUUGUAGAUUGAACAAAAAAACCAUGUCAUGCCGGCUUAGUAAGGAGAGUUGGGUAGACAUAUGGAUGACACUUUUUCCAGGGGAGGAUGUACCAAAGAAUUAUUUUGUUCGCGAAUUGAAAGAAUGCAGGUCUCUUCUCGGACCAUUGGAGAAGUAUGAGGAUUAUCUUCGUCGCGAACUUCCAGCUGUCUUCAGAUCUACGCUUGAGGCAACAAAGAAUGCCCCCAUGUCCAUACCUGAUCGAGACAUUGCCGAUAUUCUGCGAGAUUGUCAGGAACAAGUUUUUGUUCAGUACCAAAUGGAUCGAUCCUCACGUCCUCCACAUUUUACGACACCCCUUCAUGUUCCCGACUUGCCUGAUUCGUACUUUAUGCCAGUCGAUUUAUCGAAUUCGAGCCAAGAUGAAGGGCCUCGAAAGUACCAAAUGAAUCCAUUCUCGUGUCCUUCACGUUAUACGCCACCCCGCCUUACCGACUUGUUUAGUUCGUACUUUUUACCAUCCGUUUCAUCGUAUUCGAGCCUAUUUGAAGGAUCUCGAAAGUUGGGAGUCAACGAUACAAUCCCAGGAUUAGAGACUGCUCCGGUGUAUAGCUCCAUUGACGUGGAUAGUGCAGACUUGUCUCCUGAAAUCCGAUCCACAAUUCGUGCAGAGUCACUCUCUAGUAUACCAUCCCAGGAGCGGGGCAUAUCUGAAGCAAGCUCCCAGGAGCCCGAAAUAUCAACGCAAUCAACUUCUUCGGAUCUAUCAACACUUCAACCGCAGGGAGCUAUGAAAGAGCCAGAAAUAACUGCAGACACAGCUGAUCACGAAGUACAUGAGACUUUGGAGGAUGUGACACCCGGCCUGGAUCUUGUUGUGGAUAGUACGAGUCCAACUCGUGACCUACGCUUUGCAUGUCCGUAUCGCAAGUAUUGUCCGUCAAAAUACAACACUAAGGACUGGGGAUCAUGCGCAUUGACUCCUAGGUCUACGAUUGCUCGAAUCAAAACUCACCUAUACGAUUGCCAUUCCAUCCACCAGUGCCAAAGAUGCAAAUCUAUCUUCGACAAUGAAAGAUCCCUCAACGAUCAUAUCAAGUCUAUACAAAGUUGCCCAGUCAUCGAAACAGAGGAAGGUGGUAAGGACGGUAUUAAUAGAUCGCUCAAGGACGCCAUUCACGGCAAGAAAAAGAGGUUCAAAGGCCAAACGAAGGAACAAGAAUGGGAACACCUUUACGGAUUAUUGUUCCCAGGAAGUUCGUUGCCAUCUUCACCUUAUUGGGAUGAUCCAGAUCAGCAAGGCGACCUAGACGUCAAAAAAUAUCACGUGUAUCUUGUUCAAGAGCUUCCACCGGCUGUCAAGAGAUCCUUGGAAAACCAAAUGGGCAAUGAUCUAACUGCUGAGGAACAACGGUUUUGCGAUCAAGCUGUCGAACUGCUUCCCAUUGCUCUCAAGAUAUUGCAUGAUACCUAUCGAGGUGUUUACGAUCCCAACCCAAGUCAGGACGAUCUUGCUACCAAUAAAUUCACUCUCGGCUCAAGUGGGGUAGGAACAGAGCAAGAUAUCAUCAAUGCAAGUCCGGACAUCGACCUCGACAUUGACUGGUCAUGCCUCGAGUCACCGCAAACACAGAAACCUAUGACUUCGCGUGUUCCAUUCUCAUCAGACUCUGCUUACUUCUCGAGAAACUCAAGCACUUCCGCUUCCAGCCCGUCACAGAGUACCUCGAAGGAGCGGAGCAGGAGCAAAAGACUGGGAGAUACGGAUGCUGAACGUCAGCUUAGCAACCAACCCUUGCUGUCCCACUUCUCAGUCACGGAUGCCAUGUCUGGACAAGACUUCUAUCCAGUUUGGACGAAUGAACCGGGAACCCUCACCAGUCCUCCGAAUCCCAUGAUCGAUUACGACAGCGGUGCAAUUCCUCUAUCAGGAUCAUCUGUUGUAGGAAAUAAAGCAAGUUCAAUUUUCAUGGACAACACCCUGGCAAGCAAACUUUCGGAAAUGUCUGAUGAAACAUUGGCAGGCGGUUUGGACGGAUACCCUCUUGGUUGCUACUGGGGUUCCUUUCUGGACUCCCAUCUUUUCUAGUGGACGAUGUACCUUUUUGCUUACGUGUAGAGCUGCGGGUUGAUCAGCCUUCACAUAGAGUAUUCAGCCUAGUCUAAAUUUAAUAAGUGUUUGAUUUCUGAC